UGCUGCGCGAAUCAGCUGAGAGGAUAUAGGUAAGAAAAGCGCAGGUGGGCGGGCAAACCUGAUCGUCGAAGCGAACCGGUUCGCUCCCCAGCUGAUCGUCAAAGCUACCGGUUCGCCCGAACCAAUCCAAACCGGCUAAAUCCCACCCCUGGGUCCUUCUCCUUGACUCAGCCCUUCUGUUUUUCAUCUCUCCAGAGCAAAGAAAGAUCCAGAAGAACAUCAACGUUCAUCAUCUACUCUCCUCAGGAAGCCAUCUUGGAGAGCUCUGGACCCAGACAGGUUCCAGAAUCCGUGGCUCAAAUCAUCUUGGAGAAAACAUUGAAAGAGGUUUACGAAUCCCGUCAGGAAGGAGACAGACUGGUGGCCUGUUUCAAACCAAUCUCUUUUGCCCUCUUGGGACUCUUGCCAAAACUACUUUGGUCCAGCAGCAAACCAACCUUGAGACCAACCUACAGAGGAGAAGAUGGGCAGGUGGGACGUUAAAAAGGACUCCUCUGAGGGGCUUCCCAGAGAGACCCCGCAACGUUCCCAGGAAUUCAUCCAGAAUGAAAAAUAGAGAACAAUAUUUGCCGAAAGAACCACAGGAGCAUUUCACUGGGCCAAGAAGAAGCUAUGAGGAUCUCGAGGCCUGGAGAAAGUCCUCCUCGCCCAGCCAGUUUUCACUGGGUCCAUCUCUUCAUUCCUCACCCCACCAUUGUCCUCUUCCGAUGACCAUCAGGGGGAUCAGUGACUCCACACCUCCAGGACCGGCCCUUACUUUGGACAGUCUGGUUGAUGGUCAUUCUUCUCCUGAGGGACCUCAAACUCCCAUAAGGUUUUCUCAAAGCUGUGCUGAUCGGUGCUGGCCCCUCCAUGGACUUAAGAAGGAAAGGUCUCCCUUCUCUUAUGAAUCCCGGUCACCUUCUUGGGUUCCUCAACCAGCACGCGAGCCACAGAUCUCAGCCUUGGCUGUGCGAAAAGUCCAGUCUUCGGUGGAAGGCAGUUCCCCUGGACAAGUGAGAAGUAAAUGGCGAGCCAUGCUUAGUUCCACCUUAUUGACAUGCCAGGAAGAUAACUACAGUUGUCUGAGGAGCAGUUCAGGAACACCACCAACUACAAACAAAAAGGAUGAGUUGAAGGACCAGAGCUACCUGAGGACAAUUGACCCAGAAGAACGUUGUUUUGGAACCUUCUGUGGCUCUGAGUUGUAUCUCAAGAACCUUCCGCUGGAUGUCUUCUCCCUCAAGAGUUUGGAGAGCUCCCUCAAGACGUCAUCUGAAGAGUCUUCUCUGAGCAGAAGGUUGUCCAUGGAUGACACUCACGAAGAGAUGCCACCAACUCUUGAUCCUUCUGGAGUUCCAGAGGUCCUGUUAGGUCACUCCUUGGAGAAGAACACUGGAGAUUUUGCAGCUCCUGAAGUUGGAGAUGAGCAUGGAGAACCUGGUGGAGACCCCAUCAUCACCUCUAGUGUGGAUGAGGCCAGCCUGUCGACAGCCCUUCAGAAGGUCGGUCUCUUUGAGGAAACCAUCUGGAAGAGUCCCAGAAAAGGUUUCCAGCCCACCAACACCCGUGUCUGGCCACGGUACCUUCAGAAAGAUGGGGGUCCCCUCCGAGGAUAUUUUGUCCCGCUGGAAAUUAAGAAAUUGGGUGAUGCUUUCAAAAGAUGGCGUUCCCACUGGGAGAAAAGGCAGCAGAUUCAUCUGCUGGCGUUUCGAAUCCAGACCAGGCUGAUCAGGCGGUGAGUAGCUAUCCUCACAAUACAGGUAAUCCCCGACUUACAACAAUUCAUUUAGUGACCGUUUGAAAUCACAACAGAAUUGAAAAAAGUGACUUAUGGGCCGUUCUAGCGAACCGAUACUAACCGGCUGAAUCCCACUACUGCUUAUGGCUGUGUUUCACACCUACGACCAUUGCACCAUUCCCAUGGUCACGGGAUGAAAAUUCAGAUGCUUGGCAGCUGACUCGUAUUUAUGACGGUUGCGGUGUCCCGGGGUGGUGAUGGUGUCAUGUGAUCCCCUUUGGCAACCUUCUAAAAAGUAACGCCAAUGGGGAAGAGGGAUUCACUUAACAACCGUGGGACUCACUUGAUAGCUGAAGUGAUUCAUUGAACUGUGGCAAGAGAGGUCGUGAAAUGGAGCGAAAUUCGCUUAACGAAUGCCUCCCUUAGCAACAGAAAUGUUGGGUAAGUUGAGGACUACCUGUAUUUGAUGGCGUUUCUCCGCUUUGACUAAACCUGGUUAUUAUCAGUUCUCGCGUUCUCACUUCUGCUGCUGGUCAUUUUAAGCAUGGUUGGUUGGCAUGUGUGCCAUCGGUUCACCAGCACGGGGAUAGGGUCUCCUGCUGGAGCAGGAGGCUGGAUUAGAAGACCUCCAAGGUCCCUUCCGUCUCUUUUCUGAUCAUGAAUCAAUUAGGGCAUCGUUCGCAAACCUGACAGACUGGUCUUUCUGCUGUGUUUGGUUUUUCAAGGUGCUUCGAAGCCUGGCAGAGUUUGGCCCAACGGAAACGGCACAGCCAGGCGGCCAUGGAGCACCUGUGGGCCCAAUCCUUGAGGGCCUCUUUCCGGCAGUGGGGCCUAAUGGCGCAAGCCAGGAGAAACGCCAAGAUGGCAGUGAUUGAGCUGCUGGGGGCCAAGCAUCCGACCUCCUGCGGGCCCUGGAGGGACCCCAGCAGAAGAAAUUGGCCCCCAAAGUACAUCGAAAAUACUCUGGACUCUCUUCUCUGCCUGAGGACGUUGCAGAACGCAUUUCUAACUUGGGAGGCAAGAUGCCAGGAAGCACAGCGGGCUGGGUAAGUGGCUGGCUUCCAGCUUUUCCCAACCUACACUCUUGCCCAAAAGGUAGGUUUCUAGUCCUCAUGGAGGCUUGAUGUCUUUUUUUGUUCCCGCAGGGCUUUCCAUCGCGGUUUGACCCUGCGACAGCUGCGGGAGGCUCUCGGACGAUGGCGACAGAGAACCCGUGGUCUGAAUCCUCUCAGGCUCACUGAGGGCUGUCUCCUUGCGUUGCCGGAUUGGCAAGAACCUUCCUCCUCCCUUGCCUUGCCCUGCGCCAGUCAGGUUUGUGUUGCGCGUUGCGUCGCUGGCAAAUUGCAGCGUCCCCUUAGGCCUAACAAUCUACCCUCAGGCCUACAUUCUGUAAACAAAAGAACAUUAUAUUUUUUUCAAGUGGAUGCACAAUUUCGAUUAGCUUUAUAAGGUUGUCCAGGAUUAAGGAUGUGUUCUUUCUUUGUUGGGGGCAGGCAGUCCAACCGGUAGAGCCCAGCCUCAUCGGCCUGACUUCAUUGGGGACUGUUGAAGAAUCCAGCAGCCUUACUGCUCCCACCUCUCGCUGUCCGAACUGCAGUUUUGACCGGGAAAAUCCAACCUGUGUCACUAACCGGGCGUCUCCUCUUCCGCUUAAUUGGCAGGCAGCGUAAGUCCUCCCUUUUGCAACCCUGUCGUUUUCCAUUGUGGAAAGUAAACACCCCCCACCCCCUCUUAGAAGAAUGGAAUAUUUUAGGUACUAUUGAAAAGGCAGAAUAUUCUCUUUUCCCUAAAGGAGAAAACAUCUUUCGAAAGACAAAAACUCAGAGCCUCAGCUCUCUGCCCCAAGUAGAAACUAAGGGGCCAACAUUUAGAAAUGCAGAUUUGAUAAUCCCUUCAAGACAGUGUUAAAGCCCCAAGGAAGUUUUUAGAUUAACUACAUUGGUUAAACAACAUCAGUGGUGGGUUCCGGAUUCUGUUCCAACUGGUAUGGUUGGAACAGCCCCGGAGUCACCCAAAUGCACGUGCACGACACGCGCAUGUGUUUAGCGUCAAAUGACUCUUCUGCAAGCCUCCGCAAUGCUUCAGCUGCUCUGCAGAGCGUUGUGUAUGCGCUGUAUGCACCAUGCGCGUGCAUG